AUUAUUAUUAUUAUUAUUUUGAAUUUGGGGCAGUAGCAAAAAAGCCAAACCCUUCGGAGAGUUUUUUAAAAAAACAAAAAAAAAGAAGCCGAUUUUUUUUUUUUUUCAAAUUUUAACAAUUAUUGUUUUCGGUGGGCUGUAUUUCUGAAGAACGCCAAGCUUUCAGUCAGUCGAAGCAACCACCAUAAACAACAUGCCAGUAGUAGUUGAAGAUCGAAACCCCAACCUCAAAUGCUUAUUAAUAGAUAACCAAGAAGCAAUCUUGGAGAAGGAUGAAACUUCAACCGACCACAUACAACCUGUUAAACUUGAUCAGUGGAAAUGGUGGUUGUUGGUGGCAGCUAACAUAGUCUUCCUGCUGGUGGGCCAGGCAGCUGCUGUUUUACUUGGAAGAUUUUAUUAUGACCAGGGUGGUAAUAGUAAAUGGAUGGCUACUCUUGUCCAAACUGCAGCCUUCCCCAUCCUUCUUAUUCCGCUCUUUCUUCUCCCUUCCUCCAAAGAUACUUUAACUUCUUCAACUCCACCUUCUUUAAGAGUACUUGGCUCAAUUUACUUUUCUCUUGGAGUGCUCAUUGCCGGUGAUAACAUGUUGUAUUCGAUUGGACUUUUAUACCUCUCUGCCUCUACUUACUCCCUCAUUUGUGCAACCCAAUUAGCUUUCAAUGCAGUUUUCUCUUACUUCAUCAAUUCUCAGAAGUUCACUGCUUUGAUUCUUAAUUCUGUGGUUGUCCUGUCACUUUCUGCAGCCCUUAUUGCAGUCAAUGAUGACUCUGAUGGACCAUCAGGAGUCUCAAGGUCCAAGUAUAUCAUCGGGUUUAUUUGUACAGUUGGGGCUUCUGCAUUAUACUCUCUUUUGCUUUCCCUUAUGCAGCUUUCUUUCCAAAAGGUUCUUAAAAAGGAAACAUUCUCUAUUGUGCUGGAAAUGCAAAUCUAUACAUCACUGGUUGCCACUAGUGCUUCGGUUAUAGGUCUCUUUGCAAGUGGAGAAUGGAAGAGUUUGCAUGGAGAGAUGGAGAGUUUUGGUAAGGGAAAAAUUUCUUAUGUGCUGACUUUGGUUGGGACAGCAGUAUCUUGGCAAGUAUGUUCUGUUGCUGUGGUGGGCUUGAUUUUUGUGGUCUCUUCUCUCUUCUCCAAUGUAAUUAGCACUCUCUCUUUGGCUGUUACUCCUAUUGCAGCUGUGGUUGCUUUUCAUGACAAGAUGAAUGGUGUGAAGGUAAUCGCUAUGCUUCUGGCUAUUUGGGGUUUUGCUACUUACAUUUAUCAGAAUUAUCUUGAUGAUUCUAAGGCAAGAAGAACACAGAAUAGUGUUGGCGAGUCCCAAAACAAUUCUAUUUGUUGAUGAAUCUUGGAAAACCACAGUAACUUAUUAUUAUCUUUCGGGUCUUUAUUACCUGUAACUGAUUCUAGUCUCAGAUUCAGGGAUAUUGUUUAUAGAUAAAUGGUUUUAGCAGCAGUAUUUUGCUGGUAACUAGUUGCUAUUUUGAUGCUUAGUAAAUGGAAACAUGAUUUUGGCAUUCUACCUCGUAGAACUUGUCAAGUUUGAUGAAUUUUUUCAAAGUUGCACGGGAGUAACUUUGCUCUUCAUGUUUCUUAUGCUGGUAAUAUUACUUUCUUGAUCGGCAUUUGUAAUUCCGAAAUUCCUUAAUGUGUAUAACAACUGUCCUCUGUUUAGGAGCAAUAUAAGCUAACCAAUUCUGAAGAGGGUUUUGCUGAA